AUGGCUGGCCGUCAUUCCGUCUACGUAGGAAAUCUUCCUUAUCAAACAACCGAAGAACAGAUCGGAAAUUACUUCAGCCAAGCUGGUAAUGUGACAAACGUCAAAAUUGUCUACGAUCGCGAAACCGGCCGUGCUAAGGGAUUCGGAUUCUGUGAGUUUGCUGAUGAGGCUGGAGCAGCGAAUGCCGUCAACAGCUUUAAUGGAGCCGAUUUCAACGGACGACAACUUCGUGUAAAUCACGCUAGCAAGAACUGA